AGUGGUAGUACUUUCUGUUUUAAAUGGUGGCAUUUGUAAUUUAUUGGGCGGUGAGUUCGAAAAUUCUUCCUCAAGGAAAUGUCCGACAACACUGAUGAAUUACGGAAUAUGGUAGUUACUUUCCGUGUAUCGGAAUUACAGAUGUUAUUAGGUUUUGCUGGCAGAAACAAAUCCGGAAGAAAAACUGAAUUGCAACAAAGAGCACUCGAACUCGUUAGAGUUAGAUCUCAUCCGAUUCAGCAAAAAAUUAGAGACUUAUAUAAAACAAUUCAGUAAGUAGAAUCUAUUAUAUUCCGUUAAUAGACUUAUAAGGUGAUUCUUCAAAAAACCUGAUGACAUCGUACCGGCUUCUUACCAAGUGAUUACUGAAUUGAAACAUUUGUAAAAAAAAUCGAGAUUUUACCGGGAGUGAUCUACGAUUGUAUAUUUUGUUAUAUCGUAGACUUCGUGUUCUAAUAGUUUUUACUUUUGAUUACUCAAUUUAUUUCUAAAACAUUUUAUUGGCGUGCCUUGUUGUAAGAUGGUUAGGCAACCUACACAAAACGUAAGAUCGAAACGUGUUCGCUCGUUACGAAGACAAAGCGGAGCGCUCAACGUUCAACCAGCUAGUAACUCACCUCCCACUUCUGAGGUACCCCCAGGAGCAACAGUGAAUAAUAUGUCCCAAACACAAGGCAGUAUGCCAAGGAUAGCAGCCAAUGUGCAUCCAUUCAGCAACGAUGGAAGGCAAAUGGCCAUGGCACCAAUACUUCGUACUAGAAAGCUAACUGAUAUCAGUGACUCUAAAAGUGGAAAAAUUCAACAACUGCCAUCAAGAACCAAAGUCAAACGUAAAAAUAAAGUUAGCGUCGAAGUAAAACAACAUCGUUUGGAACAAAAACGUGCUGCUGAAAAAUUAAGGAGAGAAAAAAUACGGAACGAUCCAGAAACUUAUAAAAAUUACUGUCAGAGGGAAAGAGCAAGAAAUGAAAAAAGAAAAAAAGAAGGAAAGCUCAAGUCAAUUGAUCAAUUAUCAGAACGAGAAAAGCGAGCUCGUCGCAAACAACAAAAUUUAUGGAAAAAAAACUCACGGGCCCGUCAGACGCCAAUGUAUCAACAAAGUAUGUAUUCUCCUUAUCCCCAGUAUUCAACGGCGAAACAACAGCAGAAUGUACUUGCCGGAAAUUAUCCCAUUUAUCCAGAUGUUAAAUUUAGACGAUUACCAUUUUAUGAUGUACUAGCAGAUUUAUUGAAACCCUCCUCAUUAGUUCCUCAGAGCAAUCAAAGGAUGCAAGAAGGCACUUUCUAUUUCCAUUUAACGCCACAACAAGCUACAGAUAUAGCCAGUAGUCGAGAUAUCAGACCUGGGGUGAAAUGUGAUUACGUGAAACAAGUACAAAUGCGUUUUUGCCUUUUGGAAACCAGUUGUGAACAAGACGAUUAUUUUCCACCGAAUGUUAUAGUCAAAGUUAAUAAUAAACUGUGUCCAUUACCAAAUCCUAUUCCAACUAAUAAACCCGGCGUCGAACCGAAACGGCCGCCUCGUCCAGUUAAUAUAACCCAAAUGGUAAAAUUGAGCCCAACUGUUGCAAAUACAAUAACAGUAUCAUGGGCGGCUGAUUAUGGACGUGGUUAUGCCAUCAGCGUAUCAUUGGUACAUAAAUUGAGUUCGAUGGAUUUAUUACAAAGACUGAAAUUGAAGGGAGUCAAAAAUGCUGAUCAUACCAGAGCGAUAAUCAAAGAAAAACUUAAUGAUGAUGGAGACGAAAUAGCUACGACUUCUUUGAGGGUAUCGUUAAUGUGUCCCUUGGGUAAAAUGAGAAUGACGACACCGUGUCGUCCGCUGACCUGCGGUCAUUUGCAAUGUUUCGACGCUUCCCUAUUUUUGCAAAUGAAUGAAAGGAAACCGACGUGGAGUUGUCCAGUUUGUGAUAAACCCGCCCUUUAUGACAAUUUAGUUAUCGACGGAUACUUUACGGAAGUGUUGAGUUCGACGCUUCUUUCUUCAGAAUGUAAUGAAAUUCAAUUGAACAAAGACGGCACUUGGUGUGUACAAACUCCAGAAAAGAAAUGUACAAAAAUAGAAAAACCCACAGUUAUUGGUAUUGAUGAUUCAAUAGAAAUAAUAGGAGAUGACAUUGAAAUAGUUAGUUCAAAUAUAGCAGCGACUUCUUCGACGGAUAAGCCAGCCGAAGUUCCAAAACUUGAGGAAUCCCGCAAAAAAGACAUUGUCGAUUUAACUAUAUCGGAUUCGGAAGAUGAAGAACCGGCUGCUAAAGUUAGAGCUAUUGCCCCCAAACCAGAUUCUACUAGCAUCUCGUCAAGUAGUAACCAAUCUAGGGUUACAACUACUCCGGGUCCGUCUUCAGUAUCCAGUUCAGGCUACCCGGCAAGUCCUUCAGUUAUCAAUCUUGAUAGUCCUUCUCCACCUCAUUCGCCACAACAAACACCCCAACCAGCACCUCAGCAGCAAACCCCUUCGUCAUGUAUGAUGACAGGACAGACCAAUGGGAAUUCCAAUCAGACAAAUCCUCCUUUUAUGAGCCCAAAUUCUAUGCCGUACUUAGAUCUGGAAAGUGAGGCUGCCGUUGGAUCUAUUACAAACAUAACUUACCCCACAAGUUACUAGAUAAUAAAGUGUGAAGUUGGGAAGGGUAAAUUGAACAAUCAAUUCAUAUGGAUGUUUCAAGGUUGUUUUGUAUCAGUUUAUUUUAUAUUUACAAAUAAAAAUAAUUUUUUCACAAAAAUAAAAUUUUCAAGCGAAAGUCGAUUUUAGUUCUAGUCGAAAUUGAAUCCUGCCAGUUGGAUAUUUAGUUUUAUUAGGAUCAUGUGAAAAAUCACGUUUUCUAAUCGAAUUUAAAUAUAAUUUGACAAAAUAAUUUUUGUCUAAUCGGUUUUGAAAAUUUGUUUUUUAUGAUCUAGAAAAAAUUGUGAUUUUCUACUAUGAACCUAAUUUAGAUCCGGCUUUAAUUGGUUUAUUAUUGCACUUUUUUAUACCUCUGUCCCAUUGAUUUUAUAUACGGAUGAACUUUGUGACUAAUGGGACAACCCGAACCAAUUUUGAAUUAUUUAUAUACUUUCAUAAAAGCUUCUAUUAGGAGUUUGGUUUCAAAAAAAUAAUUUUUGUAUAUACUUAAAUGACUUGUAGAAGCAUAGUAAUAUAACUUUUUUUGUCUAACCGAAUGUUUAAUUU